AUGGCCUCAUCUGAUUUGCUGUAUCCAAUAUUCGUGAUACCUCGGCGCCUGUCCAACUUGCACACCAAUUACUCGUUUCUUAUAGGUGGUCAACUUGGUCAGGCCUUGUGUAAGCUUGUCCCUUUCUUUAGUAACGUUUCCAUUGUCGUGUUGACUCACAAUCUGAUUCUGAUAGCAGUGGAUCGAUUUGGAUUCGUGCUAUUUCCACUCCGUUCGCCACUCAUCAGGUCCAAGCUGUGUCCCUUCUUCAUUCUUGCCACGUGGAUGUUUGCCAUAAUUUUAAUUUCGAAAGAUUUUUUGGCCUUCGAGCUCGUUGAAUACCCGGAGGGAGCCAGGUGUGUACGGAGAUGGAAGAAAGUAUUCGGAGAAUCCUCGUCCUUUGCCAGUUUGCUUCUAGCUUACAACAUCCUGUUUACAUACAUCCCUGUGCUGUUGUUAGUCAUUCUUUACUCCAUCAUCUUUAUCAAGUUCAAGACACAGGCACACCCAGGUGAACAGUCGACUAACAAUCAGCAACAGCGGAAAAGAAAAAACGGAAACGUUCUACAAAUGUCCAUUGCUAUAGUAACAGUGUUUGUGCUCUGCUGGUUACCUUUCAGUACUAACCAUUUAAUGAUAGCGUAUCAGGAUAGUUCUGCCCAUUUCUCGUGUAGUUUCCAGAUAUACCUUGAUGUAACCUACUUUAUGAUUCACUCUGUUCAUUAUCGUUUCACUGGCCGAAAAUUCUCUCAUUGUUAUGACCGUUUAUAAAACGCCGAACUUAAGAAAACCGAAAAAUUAUUUCAUCGCAAACAUGGCCUCAUCUGAUUUGCUGUUUCUAAUAUUCCUCACACCUUGGACACUGUCACACUUGCACACCACCUCGUUUCUUGUCGGUGGUCGGCUUGGCCAGGCCAUAUGUUAGCCUGUCCCCUUCUUUGGAGAAGUUUCCUUUAAGGUUUCGAUUUAGAAUCUGGUUCUUAUAGCAGUGGUUCGAUUUGGAGCCGUGGUGUUUCGAACUCCGUUCGCCACUCAUCAGAUCCAAGCUGUGUCCCUUCUUCACUCUUGCCACGUGGAUAGUUGCCGUAGUUAUAUCUUCGCCAUACUUGUUCGCCAAAGAGCUCAUGGAAUCCCCAGAGAGAAACUUAUGUGUUACGAAAUGGAAGAAAGUAUUCGGAGAGUCAUCGUCCCAUACUAG